UUUUGAAAUUCCGAAAAAAAGCUAAAGAGGAGGAAAGCUCCACUUUACUUUUACUUUACUUUCGAUGAAACCUCCCUCCUCAAAUGAAAUGAAUUUACAAUAAAAAUGCCCUCAUUGUCAUUGAGCUGAGCCUCCCUCGCUAGCAGUAGCAGAGUAGUAGUAUUAGAUUUAGAGCAGAAACAAAAGAGAGCAAGGAAGGACGUUCCACAUUCAAGCUAUUAUGCGCUGGAGUUGGUUCAUGCCAUUUCAUCAUUUCUUUUUUAAAAGAAUAGAGGAAACAGAGAGAGCGUUUUAUGAGAAUGGAAGCAAGUUACUUGAGAAGCUAAUUGCCUCUUGCAAUGCCAAGCCUAUUCCCAUCCGUACCUUCUCCCCUCAACAGCUCCGCCAAGCAACCAACAACUUUUCUUCUGAACAGCUGGUAACGGGGUUCUCUAUUCGGUACGAGGUUUCUCUUGAAGGACGAAUUGUUCUCAUUAAGGGUUCUUUUGUUCACAUUAAGGGUUCUUUUGUUCACAAUGCCAAGCCUAUUCCCAUCCGUACCUUCUCCCCUCAACAACUCCGCCAAGCAACCAACAAUUAUCCUGCUCAACAUCUGGGAGUUUGUUGGUACAAGGGUUCUCUUGAAGGACGAAUUGUUCUCAUUAAGCAUUCUUUUGCUUGGGCCAUCAAUGAUUUAGUGAUUUCUGCACAAAUGAGCGGUCACAGCAAUGUAUUAAAGCCCAUAGGCUGUUGUCUCCACACUCCAUCUCCCUUUUCAGUGUUUGAAUUUGCCGCCAAUGGUUUCCUUUCUGAUCGAAUUUUUGUCUCCCCUGUUACUGAACGACAACAUCAGUCGAUGGUGUGGGAGAGAAGGUUAAAGAUUGCAAGGCAGAUUGCUCAUGCUCUUUCUUAUCUCCAUACUGCCUUCCCAAGACCUGUCAUCUACAUGGGUAUCUUCAUGCACAAUAUCUUAUUAGAUGAAAAUGAUGUUCCCAAAUUGUCCAGCUUUUAUUAUUCUGUAUCAAUUCCCGAAGGUGAAGCUGACGUGGAAGGUUUUGUUGGCAUUCGAUAUUUAGGUUUCUGCGCCCCCGAGUUUAAAGCAACAGGCAAGGUAACUGAGAAAGCUGAUGUAUAUGAUUUUGGUCGGUUUCUUCUAGAACUUUUAACUGGAGAGGAUUCUCUUAAUAUAACCCGAUUUACAAUUGAUAAAGAUUCUACUUUAGAAGCAUACAUACGUAACCGUGCCCAAGGUAGUUGCAUAAGCGAGAUUGUGGAUCCUGCAAUCUUGGCUGAAGAUGGGGAAGGAGGUGCUAGUUUAGAGCAUCAAUUACAAGCUGUGGUGGACCUUGGCUUGGCAUGUACAGAGGAAGAUCCACAAAGAAGGCCAACUAUGGUGGAUGUCACCAAACAACUCAGGCGGAUUGAGAGGUUCACACAAACGGGUGAAGAGCUUGGGGGAAAUUUGCAGAAUUUUAAGCUUCUUGAGAGUGUUGAAGAGCAUGCUUCUGCAUCAUUGAAAAGGAAUGCUUUUAGUGAUGAAAUCCAAGCAGUGAACGAAGCCUCUGAAAGGCCUCUUGAAGUUUAAUUGUGAUGCAACUGAAUGAUGACAGAGCUUCUAUGGCAGUUUUAACCUGUCAUUGGGAAGGUAAAUUAAAAGUUUGUUGGGUCAUGAAAAUUCUGUGGGUUUCACCAAUAGCAGUAGUAGUUCAGGCUAUUUUUUUGGAGCAUUUACAUUCUAAAGAGAUGAAAUUUCAGAAAGAUAUCAUUAUGGCAGACCCUUUAGGUAUGUAUUGAUGCUAUAAGAACUGGAUGAUAGGUUGUUAUUGGCAAAGGAGUUUGAUAAUUGUUCUUUUGUUUGUAUAAAAGGAAUGCAAACUAAGUAGUUCUCUUAGGGCAGUGAGGCGAUCCAUCCCUUCUGGCAGAGACGAUAAUUUUCGGCAAUCCUCAAUCUGAAGCGUGCGAAGAGAACUGAGAUCGGGAAGCCACUCUGGCAAUACCCCCAAGUUCUCACAUUUAGCAAUACAUAAAAAUUGUAGAGUGUCGGCAGAUCCUUUAAGCCCUUGGGGCAAACUCACUAAUUGUGGCAAUCCCCAAAUAUAGAGUGUUUGAAGACUUGUCGGGUAGUCAUCCCUUUCCAUUAAAUUAAGUUUUUCACAAUAUUUAAUAUCCAGAUAUUCCAAUGCGGUUAGGUGUUUCAUACCUUGCAGCAAAGAUAUCAAGCUUUCACAAUCACAGAAGCUCAAGCAGCGAAGGGCGGUGAGGCGUUGGAUUCCUUCAUUAAAACACUCUAGUCUAUAACAGCUGUCAAAGGACAAAUAUCGAAGAGAAGACAUGCACUCGAUUCCGUUGGCGGGUAAAUGCGUUUGUUUUGUGGUUAUCACUAAAUAUCUGAGGCUAACCAUCUUUCUUAUAUCCCUUGGCAACUCUUCAAGAUCAUAACACCCAGAUAAUAUCAAAGUUUCCAAAUUUUGUAGAUCGCAAAUGGAGUUAGGCAAUUUCUUUAUUUUCUUAUUUUCACGUAAGUUGAGAUAUCUCAAAUGCUUCAAAGUACUAAUUGAGCUUGACAACGUUUCCAACGUUGAAUAUCUUAAAUUUAGCAAUCGUAGGUGCUUAAACCUUGAGAUGCAU